AUUGACAGUGUCAAUAAACAUCAUUGUGUUACCGGACACGUAUUGAAUUCAUUAUGUUGACAUACAUGAAUAUGAGCUAUUGAGGAUACGCCACGUCAUAUUAUUAAUUGUCGUGAUGUUUAUCUCUACCGCGUUCUUUCGCGAAUUGAGCGUAGAACAGUGCGGAUCUAGAAUGAACCACUAUUAUGGGCAGCAAGAUCUUGCCAUGCUUCGUGUCCGGAACUGUCAUCAAGGGUUUCGGCAGAGGUUCGAAGGCGCUUGGCAUUCCGACAGCUAAUCUCCCAGAAUCCGUGAUCGAUGCUUUGCCGAAGGAUCUAAGUACUGGAAUUUAUUAUGGUUGGGCAUCCUUGCAUGGAAAAGUUUAUAAAAUGGUCGUAAGCAUAGGAUGGAAUCCGUAUUACAAGAAUGAAAAAAAGUCAAUGGAAGUUCACCUAUUACACAAAUUCCAAAGAGAUUUAUACGGUGAGGAGCUCAAGAUUAUAAUUGGCGGAUAUAUAAGACCAGAAAAAGAUUUCUCUUCUUUAGACGAACUCAUCACAGAGAUAAAGAAUGAUAUUGCAAUCGCAGAGCGUCAAUUGGAAGAACCAGUUGUAAAUAAGCUGAAAAAUGACGACUUUUUAAUGAUUAAUAAAGCAUAUCCAUAAUAAGAAAAAUGUAAACCUUUAUCUGAUAAAGAAAAUAUUUUUGUUACUUCUAGAGUUGCAUAUUUAAUAACCCUCCGCUGGCAAAAUGGAAUUUUAUCUUUCAUCAGCAUUCUGGAUCCCUGAAUUUUUGUAUUGAUGUAAAUUUUUAUAUUGUUCCGGACUGUAUACAAAUCUGAAAAAAUGCUAGUACUUGUCAAAGCUUAACAAAGUCCUCUUGCUCCGUUUGACUACGGCCUGGUUUAAUAAAACAUUUCUUGCGAGGAUGAUAAAACUAUUAAGCAAGUUGAGGCAACUUGUCAUGAAUUCUUCGCGUUUAAA